AGGGUUCUCACCUGUAUAGAACAACAAAGAUAAAGUCCUUUAAACCCUACUUCGCUGCUCAUAUUGGAGAAAGUGAGAACAAACAUAAACCCCCAUUCUUUUUCCUUUUCUCAGGAAGUAAUUUAAAGAGUUAGAAAUCAAUUAUGGACAAGAACAUGCUACAGGGACUUGAUAAUCUACCUGAAGAAGACAAGCUGCGCAUGGCCAACCUCAUUGAACAGCUUCAAGUGCGUGACAGUAUGAGGAUGUAUAAUUCAGUUGUGGAGAGAUGCUUCAUCGACUGUGUGGACAACUUUACGCGCAAAUCUCUUCAGAAACAGGAGGAGACCUGUGUUACGAGAUGUGCUGAAAAGUUCUUGAAGCACUCGAUGCGUGUUGGCAUGAGGUUUGCAGAGCUUAACAAUAUGGCUGCAACACCAGACCAAGGCAAUUAAACAGCCAUGAACCGGCUUAAGAACAUUUUGUUUGCAGUAUCUGAUUUGAAUAUAUAGGGGGAUGUUUCUGUUGUUAUUUAUGAGCAAUUCUUUUCCCUAUGGGGUUCAUAAUUGUUGCUUAUAUUAUCAUCUUUUAUGAUAACUUAAAAAGCUGCAUGAUAAGUUGCAUGGCAAACUGGAGAUUGAUUUGGGAUUCAAUGUACGAAGAUUUCCAAAUUCCCAUGUAUAUUUUUGUUUAUUUUGUGAGAGGAAAUUAAAUCAGGGUAAUAAUAGAAUUAGGGAAAAAGUUGUAAACUCAAUUAAACUUUUUAUGCUAUUACCCCUCUGACCGAA